AUGAUAUCUCGAGCGGCGGCUCCCACGCCUUCCUCCCUCGCCAACCUUUCCUCCCGGUCUCUCCGAGUCCAGGGCCCGGCUGCCCGCUCCUUCGCGACCGUCCAGGACAACGCCCCCCCCGUUCGCGGCCAUGGCGGUCUGCAGGAUCAGGACCGCAUUUUCACGAAUCUUUACAGCCACCAUGGUGCGGAUCUGAAGUCGGCAAUGAAGUACGGUGAUUGGCACCGCACCAAGGACAUUGUGUUGAAGGGUCAUGACUGGCUCAUCUCCGAAAUCAAGGCCUCUGGUCUUCGUGGUCGUGGUGGUGCCGGUUUCCCCUCGGGAUUGAAAUACUCCUUCAUGAACUUCAAAGAUUGGGAUAAGGACCCCCGUCCCCGAUACCUGGUCGUCAACGCCGAUGAGGGUGAGCCCGGAACCUGCAAGGACCGUGAGAUUAUGCGGAAAGACCCCCAGAAGCUCAUCGAGGGCUGUCUCGUUGUCGGUCGUGCCAUGAACGCCAACGCCGCCUACAUUUACAUCCGUGGUGAAUUCUACCACGAAGCGACCAUCCUCCAGCGGGCCAUCAACGAGGCCUACGAGGCCGGCCUGAUCGGAAAGAACGCCUGCGGUACCGGCUACGACUUCGACGUCUACAUCCACCGCGGUAUGGGUGCUUACAUCUGUGGUGAGGAGACCUCGCUCAUCGAAUCCAUCGAGGGUAAGGCCGGCAAGCCCCGUUUGAAGCCCCCCUUCCCCGCUGCCGUCGGUCUGUUCGGCUGCCCCAGUACCGUCACCAACGUCGAGACCGUCGCCGUGACCCCCACCAUCAUGCGUCGUGGCCCCAGCUGGUUCUCCUCGUUCGGUCGUGAGCGUAACGUCGGUACCAAGCUCUUCUGUAUCUCCGGUCACGUCAACAACCCCUGCACCGUCGAGGAGGAGAUGUCCAUCCCUCUGCGCGAGCUGAUCGACCGCCACUGCGGUGGUGUCCGCGGCGGCUGGGACAACCUCCUGGCUGUCAUCCCCGGUGGAUCUUCGACCCCCGUUAUCCCCAAGGCCGUCUGCGACGAGCAGCUCAUGGACUUCGACGCCUUGAAGGACUCCCAGACCGGUCUGGGAACCGCCGCCGUUAUCGUCAUGGACAAGUCGACCGACAUCGUGCGCGCCAUCUCGCGUCUGUCCACUUUCUACAAGCACGAGAGUUGCGGUCAGUGCACUCCCUGCCGUGAGGGCAGCAAGUGGACCAUGCAGAUGAUGCAGCGUCUGGAGACCGGUCAGGCCCGCGAGCGUGAGAUCGACAUGCUUCAGGAGCUCACCAAGCAGGUUGAGGGUCACACCAUCUGCGCUUUGGGUGAGGCCUUCGCCUGGCCCAUCCAGGGUCUGAUCCGUCACUUCCGCCCCGAACUCGAGACCCGCAUCAAGGAAUACCAACAGGAGCUGGGUGGCCAGUCUCCCUACGCCGGUGGCUGGCACCCUAACAGCAAGGCGGAGGGCAAGCUGAUCUCCCCUGGCAUGUAA